AUGGAUUGGGCAAAGUCUUUACCUAGUAAAAAGGUCAUUAUAUGCGAUAAUUUAUCAAGCCAUUUAAAUACAACGGGGAUCUACCCAUUCAACCCAAGAGAAGUACUGAAGCGUGUACCAGAGUAUCAAGAAGAUGUGGCAUCAUAUGGGAUUGACAAUGCAUUGCUAGACUACUUAAAGCAGAUCAGGCAGCCAAAUCCUAUGAUAACAAAAAGAAACAAGAAAGUUAUGACUGUACCUGGAAAAUCAGUAACAGUCGAUGAUUUACUGCUGACUUCCCAACUCUCAAAAUCGAAUGUACGAGGCAAAGUUAAGUCACCCAAGAGUACUACGACACUCACGAAGGUAGAUCCUGUUGCCUCACUCGCAAGUCUCUCACUCGAGAAUUUUGAUAAAAAUUAUAAUUAUGACAUUAGUUAUAUUUUAAACGAAAAAUCGGGUCUCAUGGAAGCCACAAGAAACACUGAUUUAGUAUUUGAAACUGAUUUACCCGUGAUUUCGAUAAAAGACCAAGACAAGCCCAAAAAGAUAAAUAUUCUAUCCGACAUCAUUUUACCAGAACAUAAGACUGAGCCUAUUGCAAAAACUAAAACUAAACACUGUAAAAAAAUUGAUACAAGCUUUAACAUUUUAUCACAAACUUUUCCUUCAGAACGCAAUAUUAUCAUGGAAAAACCAAAUACGAAUUUUCACGGAUGGUAA